GCCCGCCCGUCUCCGCCCGCCCGUCCACGGCUCCAGCCGGGCUCUCAUGGUGCUCAAAUCCGCUCCCCUCCCCUACGUCCUGCACUUUCUUGGACCAGACCCUCCUCGCCCCAUCCGACCCGACCCCAGCCCUGCCUGAGGUGUGCUGAUGAUAGAAUACUGGGAAGAAGGGCUGCAAGCCGUGAUUGAUGGAGAGAUUGCCCAGACCCCGGCCAGAGGGAACCCCUCCCCAGAGGCGCCUGUGGAAUGUCCAGAGCUCUGGUCUGGGGGGGUGCCUACUCCUGGAGCCGCAUUCCAGGAUAAGGGGGGCGGGGUGGGGAGAGGCUGGGCCGGGGGAGGGGCAGGAAAGAGGGCUAUAAGGGCCGCUGCCCAGGCGGGCUGGAGCCAGGCAGGCCAUGGCGGAUGUCCUCGGGCUGCAGAGACCGGUUCCCAACGGCGGCCCGGAGCCCCGGGACCCCCUGGACUGCUGGGCCUGUGCUGUGCUGGUCACCGCCCAGAAUCUGCUGGUGGCUGCCUUCAAUCUCCUCUUGCUGGCGCUGGUGCUGGGGACCAUCCUGCUACCCGCGGUCACCAUGCUAAGCUUUGGCUUCCUCUGCCACUCCCAGUUUCUGCGCUCCCAGGCACCCCCUUGCACCGCGCACCUGCGGGACCCAGGCUUCACGGCCCUGCUGGUCACCGGAUUCCUGCUACUCGUGCCGCUGCUCGUCCUUGCUCUGGCCAGCUACCGCCGCCUCUGUCUGCGCCUCCAUCUGGCCGACUGCCUCGUGCCCUACAGCCGAGCCCUUUAUCGGCGCCGGCGCUCCCCGCAGCUGCGGCAAAUCCGGGCCUCACCGGGGUCCCAGGCCGUUCCCACGUCAGGAAAGGUAUGGGUUUGAGGACCCUCGAGUCAAGAACAACCCCGACGAAUGCCCUCCUUUUCAAUCCGCCCAAGGACUUGAAGCCUGGGGGUCUUCCGACCUACCCUGCCCCUUCCCUGCCUAAGCCAGUCCUAGCAUCCCCUUGGCAAACUGCAGCAUCUGUGGACCCAAUGUUGGUGAAAAUUCGCCAUUCCAGAAAACCCUUUCUUUUUACUACCCAUGUCUGAAUCCUGAAUAUCUGGGCUGGACCCUGCACAUACGCUCCCCACCCCGUGAAUAGGACAACUGGGCCUCACUGGUGCCCUCCUUUUCCGGCGCAGCUCCGCUAGUAUUUACGGGCUGAUGGGUGAGGUUGGAGGGGAAGGAGUGACCACACGUUAAUAAAGAAUUAAUGAACUGAA